AUGGCGAAGUUGAUUGUGCUGUUUGCUCUGUGUGUGCUUCCGGCUCUGGCCGUCGCCACGCGUCCCAUGAGGACCCCAUUCACGGUGGAAGGAAAGGUCUACUGUGACAAUUGCCGUGCUGGGUUUGAGACCUCAGCCACCACCUACAUUCCCGGUGCCACUGUUAGACUAGAAUGCAGAGACAGGAAGACCAUGGAUAUCCGAUACACCAAAGAAGGGAGAACUGACUCAACAGGAACCUACAAGAUCCCCGUCACAGAGGACCAUGAGGACCAGUUUUGUGAUGCUGUUCUUGUUAGCAGCUCUCAGGAGGACUGUGCGGCAGCUGCCCCAGGACGUGACCGUGCACGUGUCAUCCUAACUGGCUACAACGGCAUUGCAUCAUACAACCGUUUUGCCAAUGCAAUGGGGUUCAUGAAGAAUGAAGCCGUGCCUGGUUGUGCCCAGAUUCUCAAGCAAUUGCAGGAGUUCGACGAGUAG